GCGCGGGAAUGGUCCUGGCGUAGUCAUGGCGGCCUUCCGCGACAUGGAAGAGGUGAGCCAGGGGUUGCUGAGCCUGCUAGGCGCUAACCGCGCGGAGGCGCAGCAACGGCGGCUGCUGGGACGCCACGAACAAGUGGUGGAGCGCCUGCUGGAGACUCAAGACAACGCCGAGCAACGGCUGCGAGAGAUCCUGGCCAUGGAGGAAGAAGUUGCCCAGAGCCUCCUUGAUGCCAAAGAGCGGGCGCACCGGGGCGGCGUCGAGUUGCAGCAGCUCCAAGAGGAGCUUCAGAAGGCGGGCGAGGAGGACACCCGCGUGAAGGCCAGCCUCCGUCAGCUUACCCAAGAGCUGGAGGAGCUCAAGGAGAUCGAGGCCAGUCUGGAGAGACAGGAAAGGGAAGUUGACGAAGACACGACAGUCACCAUCCCUUCGGCUGUGUACGUGGCUCAACUUUAUCACCGAAUCAGUAAAAUCGAGUGGGACUAUGAGAGUGAGGCGGGCAUGGUCAAAGGCAUCCAUCACGGCCCCAGCGUCGCCCAGCCUCUCCACCUGGACAGCACCCAGCUCUCCAAGAAGUUCAUCAGCGACUAUCUCUGGAGCCUGGUGGACACAGACUGGUAGCCGGGGGCCUCAGGGACGCUUCCACCCAUGGCCCGACGCAAGCGUGCUGGGUGGUCAGUCCCUCAAGGGUGAGAGGAACUGGACAUUAAAUGUUUGUACACAAA